CACGACAUUGACACCGGUGAUGCACAGCCCAUCAAGACACGGCCCCGCCGCCUUCCACUGGCACAUCAGGCAGCUGCUGACAGCGCUAUUGACGAGAUGCUGAAGGCUGGCAUCAUCGAACCAUCUGACAGCCCAUGGGCCUCGGGGGUUGUGAUGGUCAAUAAGAAAAAGAGUUCAAAGAUGAGGUUUUGUGUUGACUAUAGGCCGCUGAACAGUGUGACCAGGAAAGACUCAUACCCACUGCCCCGCAUUGAUGAAUCCCUGGACUUGGUGUCCGGCUCAUCCUGGUUCUCCUCAUUGGACCUACGCAGUGGGUAUUGGCAGGUGCCCCUCAGCCCCUCAGCCAGACCGAAGACUGCUUUCUGUACCGGCAGAGGAUUGUGGCAGUUUCGGGUCCUCUGUUUUGGCCUGUGCAAUGCCCCGGCCACGUUUGAACGGCUGAUGGAAAAGGUGCUGAAUGACAUCCCCGAGUGUCUGGUCUACUUGGAUGACAUAUUGGUUCAUGGGGACUCUUUCCUUGCAGCCUUGGGGGCCCUGCGGCGGGUUCUACAGAGGAUAUCGGCAGCUGGUCUAAAGCUUCACCCCGACAAGUGCUGCUUCAUGAGAAAAGAGCUGGAGUUUCUGGGGCACAAGGUUGGAGGAGAGGGCAUCGGCACACUGGAAGAGAAAGUGCAAGCAGUGAGGGACUGGCCAGUCCCCAGCAACCGGCGUGAGCUGAAGAGCUUCAUUGGACUGGCGUCUUACUACAGGCGGUUUGUGCGCGGCUUCUCAUGAAUAGCCGCGCCCCUGUUCCGCCUGCAGCAGAAGGAUAGUGAUUUCUCUUGGACUCCAGAAUGCGAGCAGGCCUUCAGCUCUUUGAAGAGGGCCUUGUCAGAGUCUCCCGUCCUCACCCCCCCAGACCCCAGUAUGCCAUUCGUUCUGGACACGGACGCCAGUGAUGUUGGGAUGGGGGCAGUGCUAAGCCAGGUGGGGACAGAGGGGGAGCAAGUGGUGGCGUACUUCAGUAAAACUUUCAACAAAGCUGAACGGCGCUAUUGUGUGACACGCAGAGAACUGCUUGCUAUUGUGAGGGCAAUACGCCACUUCAAAUACUAUCUGUGUGGCCUUCCCUUCACUGUCCGAACUGACCACUCUGCCCUCCAGUGGUUAAUGUCCUUCAAAGAGCCAGAAGGGCAGAUUGCACGCUGGCUGGAGGAACUGGCACCGUACGUGUUCCAGUUGGAGUACAGGGCUGGAGCUCACCAUGCCAAACGGCUGCCGAUACUAGGGAUGCAGGUUGUUGACGCACCUGAAUGGAGAGCACAACAGGAACAGGAUGCUGAUCUGCAUCCAGUGUUGCAGUGGGUGAAGUCGGGACAACAGCCACAGUGGAACGAGGUUGCUGGAUGCUCUCCUGCCACUAAAGGACUGUUUGCAAAGUUUGGGGCUUUACGGGUGCAGGAUGGAGUGCUACAGAGAGCCUGGAAGGAGCCAGCUACAGGAGAAGAAAGGUGGCAGGUGGUGGUCCCCAGAGCACUGAGAGAGAAAAGCCUGUCAUGGUGCUACUGGGGUUUCUACUGGGGUCGGCUUAGGAGAGAUGUUGAGGACUUUUGUCGCCGCUGUGAUCUUUGCACAGCUCACAAAGGUCCGUCGGAUCAGUCUCGCGCCCAGCUCCAACAGCUGGCAGUGGGGGCCCCAAUGGAGAGGGUGGCGGUAGACAUAAUGGGCCUGUUUCCUCGUACAGACAGGGGCAACCGUUAUGUUCUAGCUGCCAUGGACUAUUUCACAAAAUGGCCAGAGGCAUAUGCCAUACCAGAUCAGGAGGCAGAGACGGUGGCAGAUGCUCUGGUGGAGGGCAUGUUUACCAGGUUUGGGGCAGCCGAGGUCAUCCACAGCGAUCAGGGGAGGAACUUCGAGUCAGUUGGACACGAUGGGUCUGCCAGGAUGUACGACAUGCAGGACCAUUCAGGCCAGGAUCUUCAGAAUGUGUUGAGGUGGCUAGGGGAUCUGUUUCGAAUGCCUCCUGGACGCCUUCCUGGGAAAGUGUUCCGGCGGUGGGAUCUGUGGCCAUCGGAGAAGCUGGAAAAAAGAGUUGGAAUGAGAGGUCGAGCAGGGAAGCGAGGCCGUGGGGCGCAAGACAGCCGAACUGGGGUGAGCAUGGAUUUCCCCAUCCAGACCCCAGUGGACACAGAGGAGGAAGAAGAGGUGCAGACAGACGGUGAGGUCGGGGCCCAGGCGUCGGGCGGAGAACAGCCCAGUGUGUGUGACCUAGCCACCCUGCAUCAGCUCCUGCCAGGGGGUGUCCAUUCCCCACUGGGCGACGUACCAGCAGUAGGUCCAGCAGCACCAGUAUCUCCAGCAGCAGCAGGACCAGCCCCUGCACCAAGGGCCUGGUCCAGUGCGGCGAUCCCCAGGUUUGAGAAAGGGGAUGACAUCGAACAAUACCUGACCACAUUUGAGCGGCUAGCUAUGGCUUACCGCUGGCCAAGAGAGGACUGGGCGGUGAUCCUGGUGCCCUACCUCUCGGGCAAGGCACGUAGUGCAUAUGUGGCAAUGGACAUAAACCAUGCUAUGAACUAUGAUCGUGUGAAGGAGGCCAUCCUAAACAAAUAUGAGAUCAACGAGGAGGUGUACCGGAGGAGGUUCCGUGAACCAGACGUCAGGCCGGGAGAAACGCCUCGGGAGCUGUACACCCGCCUCAAGGAUCUCAUCAACAAGUGGAUUCGGCCGGCAACAAAGACGAUUGACGAGGUGAUGGAAACCCUUGUCAUGGAGCAGUUCCUGCGAACCCUGAACCCCGACAUCAGAGUUUGGGUGAAGGAGCACAAUCCGCAGGAUGGUCAGAGGGCAGCAGAACUGGUGGAGAACUUCAUGGCAGCUCGGCGGGGCCACAAGACCUUCCGGAUGGAGCCACCACCAAGACCAGCAGCUCGAGGUAGGUCUGAGGGGUUUGGUCAUGGGAGUGGUUCAAAGACUAGUGAGCCCAGUAGACAGCCUGUCCAAAGUUCGUUGCCCACAGUUAGGUCCAGAGAUGCCCGUGAACAGAAACCUACUGCAACGGUGGUUUGCUAUUACUGCCAUCAAGAGGGCCACAUUAAGCCUGAAUGUCCAAACAGGAAGCCCAAGCACUCCAGCCAUUGCUGUGUCCCGAGACAGGAAGAGGGUGACACAGGGUUGGUGGGGAGGCUUCAGACUGAACCAGUUGUAGUUAAUGGGAAGAGGGCUAUUGCCCUGUUGGACACUGCAAGCACCCAGACAUUAGUGCAGCCCCGCGUAGUAGAAAAAAGAGACUAUUUACCGGAUGAAAAACUGAGGGUCUCUUGUGUAAAUGGGGAUGAGCAUGAGUACCCGGUAGCUGAAAUCUACCUGGAGGUCAGAGGCCAGACUUAUCAAAUGACGGUGGGGGUGGUUGAGAGACUGAGCCAUUCUGUGGUCAUCGGCCAAGACCUCCCUGUCCUGCUUGAGCUAGUGCAAACAAGCCGACCCAUCAGCAUGGUAGUGACGAGGGCCCAGAGCCGGGCACCGGGUCCUGAAGAGCCUGCUGAUGAGCCUGAGUCCACUAGCCUGUCAGAGCUGCCAUUUGCCGAGGAGGACAUCACUCCUCCUGCCAGAGUGAAAUGCAGGAAGACCCGCAGGCAGCGCAGACAGGAUAGGUUAGUGGGGACAUUGCAGAGAUCUGAGGAGCUACCAGUUAACCAGCCAGAUGAUGAGUGGGUGAAGGGGGUAGAUAAUUUUGAGCAGCUGCAGAGAGAGGAUCCCACUCUGCAGAAAGCUUUCGAGAAGGUCACCCACAUCGAUGAUGUCCAGACAGAAGUCCCUUCUGCUUUGUCUGGGGAAAGAUAUAUAUUGAGAGACGGACGAUUAUAUCACCAGCCAGGGGAAGGCAGGACUGAGCAGUUAGUGGUUCCCAAACAGCUCAGGGAACAGGUGCUGGCUAUGGGUCACAAAAUCCCGUGGGCAGGUCAUCUGAGCAACACCAAGAGCCAUGAGAGAAUUGCAGCCAGGUUCUAUUGGCCAGGGCUCUACAGUGAUGUCUUAAAUUAUUGUAAGACCUGUCCGGAAUGCCAGCUGACCAGUCGUAGAAAGACUAGCCCUUAUCCACUUCAACCACUUCCUGUCAUCGAGGUGCCUUUUACCCGUAUUGCUAUGGACAUUGUAGGUCCCCUGGAGAGAACACAGACAGGCUACCGGUACAUUCUGGUAGUCUGUGACUAUGCUACGCGUUACCCAGAGGCCUUCCCUCUGCGCAAGGUAACAGCUCGCCCCAUAGCACAGGCAUUGUUGCAACUCUUCUCCAGGGUGGGAAUCCCACAGGAAGUCCUUACUGACCAGGGCACAGCUUUCCUAUCCAAGACCAUGAAACAGGUUUAUAGUUUGCUGGGUAUUAAGGGCAUUAGAACCACUCCAUACCACCCUCAGUCCGAUGGCCUUGUAGAGCGUUACAACCAGACGCUUAAGAGCAUGUUGAGGAAGUUUGUGGCAGCCAAUGGGAAAGACUGGGACCGCUGGCUGCCCUUCUUACUGUUUGCCUACCGUGAGGUCCCCCAGGCCUCCACGGGUUUUUCACCCUUUGAGCUGCUUUAUGGCCGACAGGUUCGUGGUCCCUUGGACGUCCUGAGAGAGGCCUGGGAGGGACCCAGGUCUCCCAAGACUCACAGCAUCUUGGCUCAUGUACUGAAGAUGAGAGACAAGAUGGAGGAGAUGGCAGAGCUGGUACGAGCGAACCUGGGGCAGGCCCAGACUCACCAGAAGUCCUGGUACGACAAGGCAGCCAGGCAGAGGAGUCUCCAACCAGGACAGAAGGUUCUGCUUCUUCUGCCCACCACUGAAAACAAGCUGCUUGCCAGGUGGCAGGGGCCGUACAAGGUGGUGCGGAAGAUGGGUCCAGCCACCUACGAGAUUGACCUUCCUGGGAAGAGAAAACCCAGGCAAACCUUUCAUAUCAAUCUCCUGAAGGAGUGGCAUGAGAGGCAACCGGAGGUGCAACUCAGUAUGCUGGCAGUGGCAGAGGGGGAGGAGAGUCCGGAGCAGUUCUUCCCCAUCAGCCAGCAGUCAACCACCCUAGACCUGUCGCAUCUGACUCCUCAGCAGCAGAGAGGGAUGGAAGCGGUCAUCCCUGCAGGUCUCUUCCAGGAGAGACCGGGCUUCACAACAGUGGUCGAGCAUUCCAUCCCUCUGAAAGACACAACUCCGGUGCGGCAACGGAUGUACCGGGUACCUGAGCGUCUCCUGCCAUGCCUCAAGGCGGAGGUGGAGGAGAUGCUGGCCUUGGGGGUGAUCGAGAAAUCGUCUAGUGAGUGGAGCAACCCAGUAGUGCUGGUGCCCAAGAAAGAUGGCACCAUGCGCUUUUGUAUCGACUUUCGAAAAGUGAACGCACAGUCCCACUUUGAUGCUUACCCUAUGCCGAGGCUGGAAGACUUAAUUGAGCGCCUGGGUAAAGCAUCAUUUAUCACCACCUUGGACUUGUGCAAAGGGUACUGGCAAGUACCCCUGACUAAGGAGGCCAGGCCCUACACAGCCUUUCGUACCCCUCAGGGGCUGUUUCAGUUCCAGGUAAUGCCCUUUGGUCUGCAGGGGGCACCGGCCACUUUUCAGAGACUGAUGGACAUUGUGUUGGCUGGUACCGACUCUUUUGCCGCAGCCUACCUAGAUGACAUUGUGGUGUACAGUGCAACCUGGGAGGACCACCUCUGUCAUCUAGGUGAGGUGUUUCAGCGCAUCCAGAAGGCGGGCUUGACCAUCCACCCGCAGAAGUGUGCCCUGGCGAAGGAGGAGGUGCGGUACCUUGGCCAUGUUCUGGGCCGAGGAGUGAUUCGACCGCAGCAAGAGAAGGUUCAGGCGGUACUGGACUGUCCGCGGCCCCAGACCAAGAAGGAUGUCCGGUCGUUCCUGGGCCUAGUGGGGUGGUACCGCCGGUUUGUGCCGGACUUUGCACGGCGAGCGGCACCAUUGUCAAACUUGACCCGGAAGUCGGGAUCCUCCAAGGUCCAGUGGGGGGAGAAGCAAGAGCAGGCGUUCCUGGACCUGAAAGAGGCGCUCUGCAAAGACCCAGUGCUCCAGAGUCCUGAUUUUGGACAACACUUCACUGUCCAGACUGAUGCCUCCGGUGUUGGUCUUGGGGCAGUGCUGCUCCAAGGAGAAGGUGACAACAAGAAGCCUGUGGCAUACAUCAGUCGCAAACUGUUUCCUCGGGAGACCAGGUAUGCAACGGUUGAACUUGAGUGUUUGGCUGUGAAGUGGGCUCUGGACACUUUGAAAUAUUACCUCUUAGGUAGAGACUUUUCUUUGGAGACUGACCACCGCGCCUUGCAGUGGUUGGGCCGCAUGAAGGACUCCAAUGCUCGUGUCACCCGCUGGUUCUUGGCAUUGCAGCCGUAUCGUUUUACGGUGCGGUACCGGGCGGGAAAGGAGAAUACCGUGGCAGACUUCUUGUCUCGCCACCCAGUUGGCGAGACUCCAGAGGGGUAG